CUCAGUAUUAUCGCGAGAGUGUCAUUUGCUAGCACUAAACCAAGCUGAGACCAAUUGACCAACCAGGCGCAACUCUCGUUGAAACCUCGCAUCGCGAUAAUUCAGUGGGAACAGUUUUAAACUGUGGCGGUUUGACAGAUUAUCUUCCACCAGACGAGACGUUCCCUCCAGAUGGCAGCAGAGGUUCAGGUUGAGCGGCUCCACAGCCAGCUGAGGGAGACGCAGAAGCAGCUGCAGCAGGCGGCCCAGGCCGGUCUGGACCUCCUCCAACAACAGACCCAACUAGAGAACAGACUGGAAGGGCAGAGAGUGGAAAUGACCAACGCCCUGGAGGCCCUGGAGCAGGACAAGUACUCACUGCAGAAGGAAGUGGAUUUAAAGACUCGGAUGUUGGAGUCACUGAGGUCGGACUACGACUGUCUGAAGAACCAGCAGACGCAGCAUCUUCUGGAGCAGCAGCAGCAUCUGGAGAGGAACCACAGCCUGGCCGUCAGUGAGCUCAACAACAAGGUCCUGCUGCUACAGUCUGCUCUGGAUGAAUCUCAGCUGAAUGAGAAACAACUGAAACAGAAACUGGAGAUCCAGACGGAGAGUCUGGACGUCAGAGUGAAGGAGCUGCAGGCUCUGAGUGACACCGCACAGAACUCCAUGAGUUCUGAGAUGUUGGAGGUGGAGAUGAAGAUCUCGGCGCUGGAGACGGUGAAGGUGGAGCUGGAGCAGACGCUGCAGGAAUAUCGCUACCAAGAGCAGCAGAUGGCGCUAACCACCAGCAGUCUGCAGCGACAGCUGGAGCGAGUCACGGAGGAGAAGGAGGAGCGGGAGAAAGAAGCCGUUUCCUGGUUCAACGCUUUAGAGAAAUCCCGUGACGUGAACCGGGACCUCCAGGUCCAGUUGGACCACGUUCUUCAACAGGCCCAGGAUCCCAACUCCAGAGGAAACUCCCUGUUUGCCGAGCUGGAGGACAAACGUGCUGAGAUGGAGAGACAGCUGAUCAGUACCAGGGUCCAGUACCAGUCUCUGCAGAAACAACAUGCCUUCACUAAACAGCAGCUGCAGCACAUGAAGGUUCAGGUAGCCACCCUGAUGCAGCUCCAGGGUUCCAGAACCGACUCGGCUCAGAUGGAGAGACUUCAGUCCAUGCUGUGUGAGAAGAACAGUGAGAUCCAGAACCUCAUGAGUAAACUACAGCGACUGGAGAGGGUGGAGAUGGUUCUGAAGGCUCAGCACGCUAACGCUGGAGCCGAAGGCCAGGACGAGACCUACUACACUGACCUGCUGAAGAUGAAGCUGAACAACACUGUUAAAGAUGCCGAGCGUCUGGGAGGCGAGCUGUCUCUGCAGAGGAUGAAGUCUCUGUCGGAGAGCCAGAGAGCGCUGGACCUGGAGAGGAAACUCUUCACCUCUGACCGGCUGCUCAAACAGGUUCAGAGCCAGAAAAUCAAACUGCAGCUGCGUGUGGAGGAGUUGGAGCACAAAUAUGAACCCAAAGAAACAAAGAUGAACGUGAUGUGGAAGAGGAGGAAGGAGAAGCUUCCUGUGGACGUAGACCCUCCGCCUGAGAAGACCACACACGAGGAGCUCCACCAGGGGGAGCGGGAAGCUACUGCUGAGACAAAGGUCAGUCAGGACGUGACCCCUGAGACCAGGGCCGACGGGGGUCUAACAGCUAAGACAGAGAACACCAACCAAGCUGCACCGCCCACGGACACUCCACCAGCCAAGUGUGUCAAGUUCUGUGGAGAGGAACCUCCGCUGGUACCGGACCUCAGGUCUCACCUGGGGGGGGGCACACAGUCUACUGAGAACCAGCAGCCGGAGAGAAGAAGAAGACACAAACCAGUGGAGACCAUUCACGUCAAUUCCAAGAACAGCUUGGAGAACCAGUGUGCUCAGCAGUAGUCCACGACUGCACCGCCACAGACCACCUGUAGAGGCCGCUGCUGCUUUGUUUACUAUACAUAUUAUAGUGUGUGUUUGUAUUUCAAAUCCAGGAUUCAAGAUGUUAUUGUCAUUUUCUGUGUAAACAUCUGUAUUAAAGCAUUUAUAAAAGAAAAGUCAAUCUGUGACC